UUAUAGUAUUCAUAAUCAAUGUUUCUACUUAAUGCUAUUUACUUUAUCACGACAUCUGAAAUCAGUAUUCACUGAUGUUUAAACGUAAAUGUGAACAUGUCAUAUGUAUGUCAUGGUUAGGUAUCCUUUCCCGAUGUUCAAUUAUCAAGAGUUACCUACUUUUAUAAACCUGUGUCUGUAAAAAAGUGACAAGACUCGUGAAAAUGGAACCAUUACAUUAUCUUAAUAUUCCAUCUGAAAAAGCAACCUUUUCUAUGGGCUGUUUUUGGGCUCCUGACAGUCUUUUUGGCUCUACUCCAGGAAUUAUUACUACAAGAGUUGGUUAUGCUGGUGGAUCUGAAGGUUUUAUUCCUACAUAUAGAAACAUUGGUGACUAUACAGAAGCCAUUCAAUUACAAUAUGACCCAAAUACUGUUUCUUAUUUAGAGUUAUUGAAAAUGUUUUGGGAUCAUCAUGAUCCUACUGCAAAGUUUAAAAAGCAAUAUUCGUCAUUCAUAUAUUAUCAUAAUGAUCAACAAAAAGCAGAAGCCGAGCAGACUCUGAAUGAGAAAAAAGCUAAAGGUCUUGAUAUUCUGACCAAAAUAGAACCUGCUGGUCAAUUCUUCAAUGCUGAGGAUUACCAUCAAAAAUACCGAUUGCAACAACACAAAAACCUGUGCAAUGAUCUUGGUCUUAAGACUGGAGAAGAUAUGAUUAAUUCUCAUGUAGCUGCUAGAUUAAAUGGUUAUGUUGUUGGUCAAGGAGGAAUUGAUCAAUUUGAUUCAGAAGUUUCAAAGUUAAGAUUAGAUGAAGCAGCAAUUAAAUACAUAAGACAAUUAGUGAUUAAAUACGAAGGUCAAGGAUUACAUUGCUGAUAAAAAUUAUUUUAUUUUUGUACUUUAAAUUUUUUUCAUGGAAUGUAUUAUACUAUGUAACUAUAUUGUUUGCACUUUUAACAUACUAAAAUUGUGUAGAACAAUUAAUGUUUUCUAACAAACCGAUAAUUGAGUAUUAUACAUUAUAAUAUACACGUAUGAUGAA